UUAUAUGGCUCACUUUGACAGAUCUCAUAAAGUUUAUAAACAACAAGUGUUUUGAACGAAGCUCUUGAAAAACGUUUUUUCGAUUUUUGCAAAUUUAACCAAAAUUAUCACGAAAAAUGGGCACCAAACGACGGAAUAUGGAGGACGAAAUGUCCAGAUUCGAAGCGGAAAUCUCCAAGGCCUCCAAACCUUCCGGCCCGUCCGUGUCAAACCCGUUCAUCCCGUCCCAGGUGCGCACCGUGAUUGGCUCCCAAACGUACAGCCAGGUGCAGCAGAAACUGGCCACGGCACCGACACGAAUCCCACCUCCGCCUGUGCCACCGUUCCUUCCGACCUACUCCACACCGGUUCCCCAGCAGCAACAGCACCAACAACAGCACAGCUCACAGCCGGAAAAGUCCUACUCGACGGAACCGAAGCCGGUCGUGGUGAGCAGUGCCCCGAAGCUGUACAACGCUCGGCCAACGGUCGGGUUGCUGCCCAAGGUGGACGCUCCGUCGACCUCCAGCAGUUCCAUCGGGCCGACGAUUUCGUCCGCACCGGUGCAAUCGUACGACAUUGGGAACAUUCAGUUUGAGAUGACCACCAAGAUAAAGAAGCAAAAGACGGAGAAAUCCGGACCUAAUCCGAUUGCGGAAGAAGCUAUCAAGGCGGCGAGGGCAUCCUCGGCGUUGCAGUCGUUUGGGAAUGCUGAUCGCAGAGGAAAGAAGGAUCGCAAGACGGUGCGCGUCGCCGGUGGACAAACCUGGGAGGAUCCGUCGCUGGGCGAUUGGGCCGAUGACGACUUUCGCAUCUUUUGCGGCGACCUGGGCAACGACGUGAACGACGAGCUGCUGACGCGCACCUUCAACAAGUUCGCGUCGUUCCAGCGCGCUAAGGUGAUCCGGGACAAGCGCACCAGCAAGAGCAAGGGCUACGGCUUCGUCAGCUUCAAGGACCCCCAGGACUUUAUUCGGGCAAUGAAGGAGAUGGACGGUGAGUGCUUUUGAGGUUUUAUUUUU